GUUGCUGAUGGGGCGAAGGAAGGGAAGGGAAGAGGGCGAAAGAGUAAUCAGUCGCCCUCGCUGUCCGAUACUCGAGUAAACCUGGCGGUGCUGGCCGCGCCAAAUAACGUUUGCAGAGGGGCGACGUGUGGAUUGCACGAGGACAUGGAGCGUGUGGAUUGCGAAUGUGUGCCGCGAGCGCGAAGGCUCGCCCUCGCGCUCGACGUCCCCGCGCCAAAUUCGUCACAUGCGACGUGUUCCCGCGUGCAGAUGGCAGGAAUCUGCAGAAUGGAGCUCCGGACAUUCAUAUUGUUUACUUCUACGGUCUUCGUCGCUCGCGUGGCAAGCGUCGUCGAGCGAGGCGCCGCGCCCGAGGCGAGGUCCAUGGAAGAAGACAAUAUGCUUGUCGUGCUCCAUCCGAUCGAGAUCCCGACUCUGGACACCAGCGGAAUUCAUCGCAGCUCCGACUGCCGCGUGCUGUGUGAGGUCACGGGGUACGGUGAGUGAGUGAGUGAGGUACGGUGUCGUUGUUGCUCCUGGCCGAUGUGAUCGCGUCUAUGGUAGCGGCCAGGAGAGGAGGUGGGUGAGAUGAUAUCUUUAAUAUCCGUAGUGCAGUUUGCCAGAUGAGCUGGGCUGUUGCAUGACCGUGGGAGCUCGUUCUCUGCGACGCGCUGUCGAGGAGUACGGAGCUGACACACCUCGAUCUCCAAAAUGUUUGGGAUUUUUCAAGAUUUCCGGUUUAAUUUGGCCCCAGAGAGCUCACGGGUGUACGACGGCCGGUCGCCGAUGGGAUCGCUCGGAUCGUUGCCGCUGAUGCUCGCCGUGUCGAUUAUCGAUGUAAUGUGGCAGAGGUCGUCGUAGUCAAAGGCUGAGAACCAUUCAUUCCGUCGUCGAAUGAGCUCACGGAGCAGCAUCAGAUGCUCAGGAACCUGGCACGAGGAUGCAAUCCACGGUGCUGGUUUUAUGGGAGGACAGGAAAACUAGUUCACGACCGUGGCUUUCUCUAUCAUUGUUCUCUCAAGUGGGAAUGCUUCCGUAUAAGGAUGUUUGAUCCGAUUCCAUCCGAGGCGAGCCGACGGCGACACGCUCUCUGUCGAUCGAUCUAUGUUACUGAUAUCCAUCUCCUGGAAGAGCCGACAUCUGGAUCUCGGUCUCGGACCGGAAUGCAGCAGCUGCGUGCCAUCCUUUUGCGAUCGUUCCAGGACUGUUAUUUCAAUCACCGGUUUCUGCCGGCAGUGAGUGUUGCGUCGUCCCAAGCCAGUCAAGCCAAGCCUGGGGCAAGAGUCGAUGCUCCAUCGAACAACUCAUCACUAAACUCAGAGACCGCGAGGCGUGAAUCUUGUCCUUGAGAAUUGCUGAGUCGAUCGAUUCCCGAGCGUCAACUUAAGAUGGAUCCCGCGAGUGGGCGAGCAUCGGGACGGUCGGUCCUCGGUCCUCGCGGACCCGAAUUACCAGUGUGAUGGGGUUUGAUGACUGAGAUGGUGACCUAGCCAGGUCUCCGAGAAUCUCCUUUCACAGUUGUUCGUGAAACAUUCAACUCCAUCGAAGUCUGAAGCACGAGGAUUCUUCAGUCGAGCUUUUUUACAGAUUGCAGGUUUACAAGAUGCGGUAGGACUCGACUGUACACUUGGCACGCAGGAAGAGUUCAGAGUCUGCAAAAUCACAACCCCCAAGAGUUGGCACCAUCUUCGGUUCCGUGCGUAUAACAAAGGACAGUUUUUUCCAUUUCAUCAGAAGACACUGAGUCAUUAUGUCGUACAUUACGGAUGCUGCCUGCUUCAUACAAUAUUUGAUCUUCACGUUGGUGCCAUCCGUCAAUCCACCCCUGCGACGCUGACGAAUGCGCGGGAACACAGUUGUCGACAGGCUCACAUGUCGUCACCGACUAGUUUCUGAUCUGUCGCAAGCCUUAUGCAGAUGUAGCGCUGAGAGGGAAUUGAGAUUUAGAACUAUAUGCUGGGCAUGGAGGGAGACACUCAGCCACCUCUCCCUGCAUCGCCACGUGCAACAACCGAAGGCAGUCUACAUGGUCCCCCAGCAUCACGUGCGUGCGAACCUAGCGAUCGGUCUGUCAUGCACUCCACUAAUCUCCACAGCCAGCGCGAGGAUCGAUGUAUUCGACGACCUCAGCAGGCAGGCAGCGAGGUUCAGUCCGAUCCCGGGAAAAGGUGCUUUCAGAGCUCAAAAGUCAAUGCCUCUGACUCUCAGAUCUGCUACGGAGCAGGCUCCAAGGUGGCGAAAAGAACGAUUCUCAGCGUCCGGGCAAUAAGCAAGCGCGUGCCAACUCGUGAGCGAGACAAAUCUCCCUCCAUGCAUCAGGAGAAACUGCCAACGGAACCAAGUGAACCUCUAGUAUAUAACGCCCGUACGUAGCGAGUGGCGUGCAACAAGAGCGAUCUAUAUACGACCUCGAGGGUAGCACGUGAUACUCACAGCAGCAGAUGAAGGAGCACUUUCGCGAUCCAGGCCAAAGCACGUAGCAGUGUUCGGGAGUUUUCGCAGCGAAUAUUGCAAGCGUUCGCCUUCUGGAAGUCGCCGUAGCCCAGAUGGGUGUGGACUUGAUACUGUAAAUACGGCAGACAGCGAGUGGAAGAGUGAGUGGAUUUGCCUGCAGCUUGACUGAGCGAGCUCCUUUGCCCAGGUCUGUGGGUCUAUGUCCUUGCGGUCUUCAGAUCCUUUUCGCUUUAUUACUCGGUGCCCCUGGUUGGAAACUCCGAGAGUCUCAGAGAGCAAUGAAACGAGCGGACAAGGCAUCUCUCUAUUUCAUGUCCCCGAGCCGUAUGAUAUGUGAUCUCUAUCGUACUCUCCAGGAGCCGAGAAGAUGCAGCCGAGAGUACAUCGGGCGAACAAACCUUUUCGAGGCACCGAACGGUUAGGGAUUAAAGGUCGAGGAGAAUGCAUGGGAGAGGUGCAAUCGUUGCGCGGUCACAGGACUAGGCUAGGCGAAUGACUCCCUCCACCAACACGUUCGGUUACGGUCAGCGGGUACGUGACUAGUUACAACAGGAUGACAUACUUCCAAAUUGGGCCCAAGAGGAGACUUUCUCCCGUUCCCGAUUCGAGUAGGAAUGUUCGUUCUUCAUAAAUUUCAAUUCCCUGGGUUCGCUUUUGGUAGACGCGCAGAAAGUAAGUGCUCACGGUUACAAGCUACAAGCAUGCCCUUAUGCCAACCUUUGACUCGGUGGACAGUAAGCCUUUCUCUCGAAACAAUCUCGCUUUUAUAUGCUGGAUGUAUCUAAGGACGGCGGAGAAUCGGGACCGUAACUGCAACCAUCAGUGUUCGUGUGUUUGAAGCAAAGUAAGCUACUCCCGUUGCCAAGAAAUCAUUAACUAUUAUUUUUAUGAAUUCGUCUUUUCCAGAUAGGGGAUAAUUGUCAACGCCAGCAGUCACACAUUUCCCUAGAAGAAGGACGGAGCUUCUUCUGUCUGGAAAUCAAGUCCGCUUUUACUCGAUUGGCACCCUGGAACGAGAAAUUCCUAGGCCCCUUCUUACUCUCACAGUGUUUCAAGAGGUCGAUGAUGUCACUGCUCGACGGUCGUCAUUGUCAUAGUUGGUCUCUCUGUCCUCUUUCAGGAUGGAGGUGGCAAAAUGUCCUCGAAAGUCCAUACGUACGGUGAGGGUUGCUGCCUAAGGUGGGAUUCCAUUGGUACCUCUAUUUUUUUUUUUUCUGUCCCCGAAUGAUAUUUGCACGCUGGGAGAGUCCAGUGCUCUGCACUGUGAGUUCUUGUCCGAGUUGUUCGCGAGCAUUAGAAGGCCGGUGGGCAUUCGUGAGUGGACGAUUCCCUCGAGAAAUGUUCGGGGUGCUUGACCCACCUGGAAGAGAUUCAAUCAUGAGUGUCCUGUCUGUAGGCCCUCCCCUCCCCUUACCCCCUAACCACACUCCGGACGUAAGAGAGCACAUUCCAGAACCAGAGCUCGGCUUUACAUAUAGAUUCUCUCGACGCGUGUUCGUUCGCCUUCAGGGCAUUUCGGGCUUUGAACGCAUGGCACUUUCCUGAGGUCAAACGUCAGCUUUUAGUGCUACAAAUCCGCUUCAUGAAAUCGCUACUUAGAUGGCAAACCAGCCCUGCUCGAUCGGGACUCGAGGUGUUUAUGGGAAGUAAUACGAAAUCUGGAAGGUGAAGGGUGUAGACUGUACAUCGGGUCUGAAACUGCCUGCACACGCCUGUCAACCUUGGGUGUUCAGUUCACUCUCCUGUUCCCUCUGUCAGCCGCAGCAAACCCAUGCAGAGCAUUCCAUCCUUGCAGUAUUCGAUGGUACUCGUCCACUGCAUCCCGAUUACUUCUAGCAGCCAUGAAUAAAAGACAAUCAUCGAGUCUUGGAAUUGAGGAGCCUUUAGUUUUAUUUAGGUGAGUGUUCAAUGAGACUUUGAAACGCUACACUGUCUACGUCACGUU